AUGGAAUCGAUGCCAUGUAUUGCCAGGCUCCUCCUCGUCCUCCUGGGACUGGCAGUCUCCGUGCGUGUUGAGUUAGCUGAUGGCGCUGAUUUGAUGGAUGAUGACCAGUGCGUCACGACCUGUUCCAAGUCCGAGCAUUCCCGGGGUCCCUAUCUUGUGCGUGGAGAAACUGCAACGUUGAUGAGCUUGCAGCUGCAGCUCCAAACUGACUUCUUCAUCAGCACCAGCUGCGUUGAGCCGGUGGAGAUCGGCGAGACACGUGUCGUCCCCUGGGUAGACGACAAGGACCCAGUCCAUGAGUCUUUCAUCGCGGUUUAUGUGGAGCCAGUCUUCGAGUCCAUGCUCCGCCAAGCUAGUCAGGUGGCAAAGCUGUGUGCCGGUCGCCUGCCAGCUGACGCUCAUCCAAAGUGCCUCUGUCAGCUCCAUGACAAUGAGUUGCAUGCGGAUGUUACGGUGCUGGAACGCCUAGCAUCUGUACUUCCACAGUCGGCGUCCAACAGCAUCAGGCACCUGCAGGUGAGGGUGGAGGAGCAGUGCCCGCACCCAUGGAUUCUGGGUGUGGCUGCAGGGGCAGUAGUUUGCUUGUCCUUCGUAGUGCUGCUCACCCUGCUGGAGCCUCUCAGGGCCUCUGCAGGCCGCCACGAAGCCAUAGCCGCAAGGUCUUGGCCGGAGGGCGUGUUUGUGGUAAAGUCGCCGCUCGCGAAUUUUGCCUCCGGGUUCGGAUGGUCCGCAGGAUUCACCAUGUCCGUCCUGACAUUGCAGACAGUGGCACUGCUCCUUGUCGAGAAGUCAUCAGAGGAGUCUGAGGCCUCCGAGAUUCAGAUCUGGUUCCUCAUCAUUUUUCCAUCCAUUCUAGUCUUAAUUGGGAACUACCGUUUGCUAAACCUCUUUGCGAAAAAGCAGCUGGAACAUGCUUACUUGCAGCAUGGAAUGCUCUUGACAGAGCCUGACACCUCAUUCGUCAUGGACGUGCUUAUCUGUGCUGGUCUUGCUAUAUUUGCGCUGGGAAUUCUUCAUCGUGCAUCUAGCUGGCAAGUCCUUGUGGCUGUGGUUACGGCGCUCGCUGGUCCUGUGUGGGCUGUGGCCAAGGCUUCUCUGAAUGCAAACGAGCUCGAAGUUCAGCUGCAGCAUGUUCAAGCCUACCGCCAGCAGUACGGUAACGCCAAAGCCGGCAUGCCUGACGCACAGCUUCUGCCCUGGAAUUUUGUUGUCACAGCCAGCCGAGCUGGCCAUGAUUGCUUGGAGUUGGCACAUGAGUUACAUUCUCGAAAUGCCGAGGGAACUCAUACUGUUGCAGGCAGGUUCCAACUGGCGCUGGAUGUUGCCUGGUACCGGCGCACCAUGCUCCGACUUACUGGCUCGCGCGUGGGCUUCUGCAGCUUGCCUGCGUUUGCCAUGGUGGCCAGCCUCUUUCUGGCCAUCACCAGCCUGCAGGCUGCCCGGUUCGCUUGCUCCACAGGACGGCUUUCCAACAUAGAGCUGGACAGUGAAUUGCACGUUUUUGAUUUCCGGCCAUACCAACACCACUACACCUUCUACAUGGACAUGAGCUUCAAACAAGUGGCUGCGACUGCCUUUGCCGAUGCGCCAUCCACGCAGUGGAUUUCCUUCCAGCAACCUGAAGGCAAGGCAGGUGCCGUCCAACCAAUUCAGGAAUACCUGAAGGAUGACAAGGGCACCGCCCUCGCUGAUAUCCAGCUUGCUGGUGCUUUCUCCCCUCGCGUGGCCACGAUCCAGGUCCAGGGCCUGCGCCCUUCCCUGCCUCCAACGGUUUACUUUGUGCGCUUUGCGUCGCUCAGGACAGUGCCACUGUCGGUGCAAUUCAGCUCGGCGAACUUCAGAAGACUGGUGGCAUUUUCAACGUUGCCAUCCACAGUGCUGAGUUUGCCUCCAGGAGUCGACAGAUUCGACUUAGAGGUGACGCUGACCGACGUCUUCGUAGGCCUCCCAUUAGCCCCUUCUACACAUCUACCUGACAACAUCCUGUCCUGGACGCUGUUUACAAGCGAGAUAAAUUCGGACGAGCAAGCCUGUCGGACAAAGUGCAGCUACAUGGUGGAUUGCCUAGCAAGCUUCGUUCACCGGGCUGGCUGCUUCUACUCAAUGCUGAACUACUCAAUGCUGAACGUCAAACACCUCGAAGUGCCAGCCGGGAGACCUAGCGUCCAGGAAGGCAACAGAACGCUCCUCGGCCACCUUUCAGCAGCCAUGUCGAAAAACAUCGUCGUCAAAGAGAAGAACGGGCAACUGCACUUCACGGACAUCUACCCCGAAUGGCUGGGAAAUUCUGCGAGCCUCUCGCUGGAGCUCAUUCUGCAGGUUGGGGAGACGGAGUUCCGCUCCGAUGUAGCUACCAUCAAUCUGCAGCGGGGGUCGUCCACACCUCGGGAUGCCUUUGGCCUCCUUCUAGGCAAAACGGAGCCAGUUGACGGUGGCAAGCUGGUCGUCCUCUCGAAAUGGGCCUUGGUCGACGACUUCGGCAACCUGCGUAUUGUUGCGGAAACGUUCGACCCGAGUCAGUUUGAAUCCUUGCAGCUGGUUGUGCUGCCGAUUCUAGGAGAUGCGGAGGCCUUCUAUGUUCACUGGAUGGCUCCGGUGGAACUGGCCACCAGCGAGCAACUGGAAAUCCUGCAAAAACGCGGGCGAUGCUCUGAGAGUUCUUCGGUGCGCAACUCGUAUACGCUGUGUGGUUUCGGUGGCCGCAUUCACAGUAAACCCGCUGCCGUCAAUGUCUCGCCUUGGACGGGCAAACUACAGGAGGGCUCGGAUUUACGAUUCAUCGUAAGGGCGCGCAGCCACCACAGUGAAUGGUUUCCAGAGCCACAUUUCCACCAAGUCUAUCUUGACUUCCAAGGUGUGGACAGCCCAGUUGCCUGGGCUGCCCAAAAGCAUGGAUGCCAACUUCUGAAGAAUACACGGAUAACACACAUCGUGGCGGCCUCGGCCGAUGCAACAUGUUAUUUGCUGCAGUUACACUGCGGCGCCCAGCUGUGCGAACUCAUCUCAAGAGAAGGGCUAGCUGGAGCUACCGUCUGGUCCAUCCACGGGAAGGUGUAUACGGGACCUCUCCUAACUCCAGACGCCAUGGUGUCUGUUCUGUCAUGUCUUUACGAGUAUGGAGUGUGCGGCCUUGCCUUGAAGUGGGCAUACGACGCAACCUCCCGAGAGCUUCACCUGAAGCAGCACGGGGCUAGGAUCCCCCUUGCAACGCUGAUGGAGAGGAUGGCCCAAGUUGGGCCCAGCAGUGUAGAACUUCUGCAUCGAAUGCACAGCGGCAUGGACCAACAAUCAGUAUUUCAGGAGGCCUGUGCAACUGCAAUUUGGCAGCUGAAAUAUGAGCCACCCACAUUUCUCCUCAGGGCCCUUGCCCAACUGUCGUUCAACAUGCCACAGUUACUCUUGCAGUCUUUGGUAGCAUCCAGUACUUUCGACGGCUUCGGCCAAAUGAGCAGAAAGGCUGAACAUGCAUUGCACGAAGCUUUUGGAAACGUGACAUCUCUCCAUGUGGAGCUGCAGGAUGCUUCGCAGCUGAGCCAGGUAGCAAGAGCCCUGGAGUAUUGCCCUGGUGUGGAAGCAGUCCUCCUAUCAUGUGCCAAAUGCUCCGUGAUUGCUCGGGAACCGCGGCCAGAAGACUGGCAGGCUUUCUUUCAUCACGCUCACGGCUUGCGCAGGCUUGGCCUGUUCCAUUUUGUCCUGCGCAUGACAGAUUCGAGUCUUCGGCAGGCCCUGGAGACAGCCUUGCGCAGGUUUGAGCACCUGACGGAGUUCAAGGCUGUUGGCCUGGUCAUCGGCCCGGAUGCAAUGCCACUUACCAGCGGUUUGGCGCACUGCAGCGAACUGCGGGGUCUUGAUUUCUCGCAUCAAGAUCUGGAGCAAGCAAGAAUGCUUCUGCACGGCUUAAUUGCUUUCCCACCAAAGAGCGUUACACAUUUCACCUUCGAUGGAAACAAUGUGGGUCCAGAUCAUGGUCGGCUUCUGAUUGACUUGCUGCUCCAGCUCCCUCGGCUAAAGAAGCUGGCAAUCACAAAUAACAACCUGGGAGAUGCCAUCGGCAAGCAGCUGCCAGACAUCCUCCGCAACCUGAGUCUUUCACGAGCAUUUAUAGUGCAGAAGAACAACUUCAGCAAGGGCACCGAACUUGCAAUAGCGAAAUCGUGCUCGGCUUGCGCGUAG